AUGCCAAAGGACCAGGUGAUGCAGCUAUCUUCUGGACCAUUCGAGGCAACACAAAGCCCCGAUACGACUCAGGUCUCCUUCUCCUGCAACCAACACGACGACACUCUGGCUGGGCUGAUGGACACUGGCAGUACAGCUUCAGACGUUGGUGACAAAACGCUCGAAAGUCCGUCACAUCCGAACGACGCCACGGACUUGGCUCAUGAUGACACUUCCAAAGAGAUGUCGAUUGGAGUUCAGGCUGGCACAGCCUCCUUGGCCUGGCCGAUGAUUGGAGUCGGCUCAGGCGCCUCAUGCAAAUGGGCCUCAUUGUCGGGCCUGUUGGCCUCGUCGCCCACGCUUGAGUUGGACAGCGGACUUCGACACGCCCUCAAUCAGUUGGAGCCGCUUCACUAUUCUCCCUCACUUCCGCCAAGUGUGAAUCCCAUGCAGUUGGCUCUGCCAGCGCCGCACUCCAAGCAGACCGCAGAGACGUCGAGUCGUCCCAGCUUCUGCGAGGGCGGCCGGUCGGUGGAGGCGAAGCGACUGGUCAAGUCACAAACGCGAUUGCGAAGCCCUCGGCCUGUGUCUCAAACCACCUACAGCUCGUUCGAGACUCGUCGGGCUCAAGAGUCCGACGAGCUGGGCCUGUCGGCGUCGGUGAAACGGUCGCGUCCUUUCGGUCGGUCCGAGAUGGCACUUUUGCAGACGCAGCCGGGCUCCUAUCGGGCCAAAGUGGCCCAAAUUCCCGUCAGUAGACUGUUCGCCUCGGCUGUAGGCCCGACAUUCCACCAUUUGGCCGAUUCGUGGAUCGGUAGUCGGGCUUCUGUGUUCGCCUCUGGCGGUGUGGGCCCGCCCAUGUCGGCCAAGACUCGUCUUCUCAACCGACUGCGUCGACCUCCGUCGCUCGGCAUGAUUGCCUGCCUGCGAGAUUCGCCCGGACCGCCGGGGCCUUCGUUGAACGAUGCCGAGGCCGAUCGGAUGUGUCGGCCGGCCGGCGCUUGGCGACACGAUCUGCACGAAAUUCAAGACGCCUGGGACGAACAGAUGACCGGUCUGGGACUGCUACAGGACGCCUGGCAACCGAGCAUCACGGACCUCGCUGCCGACGGGCUUGGCGGUCCGGACGUGUGCUGGCGGUGUAGAGCGGAGGAGACGAGGGUAUCCGCCUCCCCGGGAGGGGGGGCCAGUUUGCCUCGGCCUGACGACACCGGUCUUGGCGACGCUACCGGUGAGAGCGUUGCUGAGGCAGGUGAGUCUGACAUGGAGUCAUCCAGACUGUUGCCAUCUGCUUUGACACAUUCGGGCCACGAGAAUGCUGAACGGUCAAGCUCGGUCUGGGUGGCCGGGUGGAAUGUCACAAAUCUGAUUCAGGGAAUUGGCAUUCUCGGAGUUCCAUACGCUUGUGUCGGAGCCGGCUGGAUGUCAAUUCCAGUCAUCAUUGCCGUUGCAAUGAUUUGCUGCUUUACUGGCCGUCUGCUGGCAGAAUGUCUCUAUCAGCCAAUUGGCGAAAUUGACAAACGGUAA